AUGAAUGAUCGUAUGCCAAGAUCAUUUCUGCAGUAUUGCGGGACAUCAAAAUCGCGAUGCGGCUACUGUAAAAACGCUCGCGGAAUGCGAAUCAACACAGGUGGAGGUGAGGGCGAUGACGUUGACGAUUCGUCGAUACAGGAUGGGGCUCUCACCACAAGAAUUGACGUUGAUGAUUACAUGAGUUUAUUGGAUCGUGGAUGGAGAAGAAGUGGAACUUAUUUGUACAAACCAAAAAAUGAUGAGACCUGCUGCCCGCAAUAUACGAUUCGCUUGGAUGUCAGCAAGUUUAUUCUGUCGAGAUCGCAAAAGCGUGUUCUGCGACAAAUGAACGAAUUUCUUGAAUCUGACAAAAAACCGAGAUGUGGCGUUAAAGAGGAAUGCGAUACUACAAAACUAGCGAAACAAGAAAAGAAGUUAUCAGAAAAAGAUGAAAAACCUAUAAAGGCGAAGGAUUCCGAUCGGCCGGUGCUAAAAAAAAAGGAGAUUCGAAUGAAGAAAUUCGAAGAGAAGUGCCGUGCAAAGAAUCUCGACAUUGAAGAGAUCAAAAAGAAGCGCGCUGAAAAAGAAGAAGCUCGUCGUAGGACCAUUGAGUCAUACGACAUGGGGAAUCCAAAGGAAUGGAAACACAAAUUAGAGAUUAAUAUUGUUGGCCUAAAAGAUCCGGAAUUUAAAAAUCGAUUUAUGGAAUCGUUCGAAUUAUUCAAGAAAUAUCAGGAAGCUAUUCAUGGAGAUACUGAUAACACAAUUUCUGGCUUCAAACAAUUUUUGUGCUCAUCUCCGCUCAAUAAUCCGGAGAGAAUUUCCUAUGAGCUCGGUCCUUACCAUAUGCAAUUUCUUUUGGAUGGCAAACUGUUGGCGGUUAGUGUGAUUGAUAUAUUACCGAGAUGCUUGUCGGCCAAGUAUAUGUUCUAUAAUCCGGACUAUGCGUUCCUUUCGAUGGGAACCUAUACGGCAUUGAAAGAAAUCGAGUUUAACCGCAAACUUUUUGCUGAGAACACCGAAAUGCGCUAUUACUACAUGGGAUAUUAUAUUCACUCAUGCCCGAAAAUGCGCUAUAAAGCGAAAUUCCGACCGAGCGACCUUCUCUGCGACAAUUCGUUUUUAUGGGUCGACUUUGAGACAUGCAAAUCGUAUUUGGAUCAGAGUGAAGCUCAAAACGGACACGCAAUUUUCGCACCAACUGCUCCGAAAGCUCGCCCGGCGGAUAUUUCAAAAAUUUAUGUAAUACAUGGAACAGAGGUGUGGAAAUUGCAACAUUUAUUCAGAGAGAAUGUCGAAUUACAGUUUGACGUGGAUUUUGUGUAUGAUAUUCAAAUGGUAAAAUCAUUUGAUAACCCGAAACGCCUCUCGGCAUUGCUCAUAUUAGAGUUUAUUGGUACACUUCAAAUAUGCGUCCCAAUGUUCGAUGUUGGGACCAUUUUAGACAAUUAUGGUCUCUUUGGGGUCUUUAUUGAGAUUACCGUAAUUGAACUUGCGAAUUGCUAUUUUCAACGAGACGCAGUUGCACACCCAUGCCCUUUGGUUACUAAUUGCUAUCGAAAGAGUAAAGCAAUUCGUCGAGGAAUAUAUGUUUUCCUCACUCAAUUGGCUGCAGCCUAUCUUUCAUAUUUUAUUGCUCGCUGUUUUUGGCGUCUCGGCAUUCAUCCAAUUCACGAGGAGCUUCUCAAUCAAUCCACGUGUACCUCGGACUUGACCGUAGCUAUAACUACAGGCUGCAUAAUUGAAGGCGCUGCUACAUUCGUGGCGCGUGCUUUUGAAAAAUUUGUAGAUCAAAAGUAUGAAGGCGACACGAUAAUCUGCUCUAUUGCGAAUUGUGCGUUCAGCGGUCUCCUCUGCGCAAUAGGUAUUAAUUACACGGGAAUGUACGCAAAUCCAAUCGUCGCCUGGGCGUGCACCUUUAAUUGCCUCGGAGUCUCACACGUUGGCCAUCUUCUCGUUUAUUGGCUCAGCCCUUUGAUUGCGUGGUACUUUGGAGAACUGGUUUACGGCUCAGAGGACGUUUUAGACGACGAUGAAGACGUCGUGGAAACGAAAAAAGACGAGUAG